AGGGCUACAGCUCAUCGGAGAAUCCCUCAAGUCCCAGUUUACCCAGCACGCAGCAUCCUCGAAGUCGGCAUAGUUUUGUCCAAGAACACUUCCAGGCUCAAUACAGGUCUUCUCUGACAUGCCCUCACUGCCUUAAACAAAGCAACACAUUUGACCCAUUUUUAUGCAUCUCUCUCCCCAUUCCUCUUCGACAAACCAGGCCGAUGUUUGUGACAUUGGUGUUCAAUGCAAAGAGUCAUAGGUAUCUGCGGGUGGGGCUUGCUGUGCCGCUUUUCGGAUCUGUAUCCUCCCUGAGAUCUAUGGUAGCAACAGAGGGCAACAUCUCACCUGAUCAGGUCAUCCUGUCAGAGCUGUACUCCACUGGUUUCAAGCGCUCUUUCUCAGAUAAUCAUGACUUGACCACGAUUGCUGAAAGUGAUGUCGUCUACGCCUUCCAGGCUCCUCCUCAUUGUAGUCGUGGAGGAUCUUUGCCACACUCAGGGUAUCACCACAGCCUCCCAUCCUCACCUUACACCUCCACUGUAGGACCUGAUGUUCAGAGGUUACCUCCCCUUUCGUCUGAGUAUCUGAACCAGAGCAGCUCCUCAAGAGUCCUCCUCCUCAUGUGCAACACAGCUGGAUCUGGCCAGCUGGCUGCGAGAUUUGGGCCUCCGUUUCUCAUGCUUGAAGACAGGAAUAUUUCCUGGGACCAACUGCAUCAGAGCAUCCUUAGCAAGCUCUAUUAUCUAAUGCAGAAUGGAUCUCAGGCUGAGAAUGCCAAUGCCCAGUUUAAGAUCAGAGUGGUGGGGGGAUCUGCAGUCUACAGCUACCUGUCCCCGCAGGACAGCAGGCCACUGUACCACCCAGCAGUUGAUAGAGCUUUGAAUUUCUGCGGCCCCGGGGAGUCUCCCCAUGUAAAACUUGUCAUCGAGUGGGAAUACAGCUCUAAAGAAUGUUUGUUUGGCAGCAUCCAGGAGGAGGUGGUGAAGGAUGCAGAGAGUGUGAGGAACCAGCAGCAACAACAUCUUCAGCAGCACAGCUGUACCUUGGACGAGUGCUUCCAGUUAUAUACCAAAGAAGAACAGCUAGACCCAGAUGAUGCCUGGAAAUGUCCCCACUGUAAGAAGCUUCAGCAGGGCAUGUUAAAGAUGAGUCUGUGGACACUGCCUGACAUCCUUAUCCUCCACCUCAAGCGCUUCCGACAGGUCGGCGAAAGAAGAAACAAGCUGUCAACCCUUGUACGAUUUCCUCUUACUGGUUUGGACAUGGCUCCCCAUGUAGUGAAGAGAAGUCAGAGUGUGAAGAACCUGCACCUGGGACAGUCAUUGAAUUCCCGCAGACAAUCCUCAGGCUACCAGUCUGCUGACAUGAUCCUGCCUCACGAUUAUCUAUAUGACCUCUAUGCUGUGUGCAAUCAUCAUGGAGGAAUGCAUGGAGGACAUUAUACUGCUUACUGUAGGAAUUCAGUGGAUGGCCAGUGGUACAGCUAUGAUGACAGCAGUGUUGACCUGGUGCCAGAGGACGAAGUAAUUACCAGAGGUGCUUAUAUCCUUUUCUACCAGAGACGAAACACCAUUCCUCCGUGGUCAGCCAGCAGCUCUAUCCGAGGCUCUACAAGUUCAUCAGUGUCAGACCACUGGCUAAUUAGGCUGACGGGAGACAGCAAGAGAGGCAGUUUGGUGUCUCACUCCUCCACCAUCUGCCCACCUUCCCAGCCUGACUCUCCAGAGUCCCCAGUCUUCGAUGACAACGGCUUUAAAGAGGGAAGGGGGGAUGAGAGCAAAAGCAAGCCAUUUGUCAGGGGUCUUAAGGGGCGUAGUGUAAGCAUGAAAGCUCCCAGCAAGACCAAAGAUUCCCUGAGCAAAGUUCUUCCUCUGCGCUGGUCCUUUGGUUCCAAGGACAGACGAAAAUCUGACCAGGUCCCUUCCCAGGUCCAGGAUCCGGCUCCUGUGGAGCUGGUUGAAUACUUGGAAUCCGGCCGUCGACCCCGGUGCACAAAAGAUUCUAUAGUCAAACUGAUGAACGAGCCACGUGGCACAAAGGAGCCAGCUGAGAGCCGUUCUACUAACACUGUUCGGUCUUCCAGUGCAGGGAGUCUAAGUUGUGUAGGUAAGACUGGAAAGGAUUUGCCUCUAACGCAGGUCCCGGAGGGCCAGAGGAGGCCAGCAGAGAAGACAUCCAGUCUGAGACAGAGUAAGGGAAGUCAGUCAAGAGAAGAGAGCAGAGCUAGUAUCAGUACUAGCUCCAGUCACAACACAAUCACCAGAAGGAAAGAUUCCAGGAGGCAAAGCUCCUCCAAGUCUUCACAGGAUACAGAGACAAAACGGAGCUCCACUACAGGAGUUCACCAGAGCUUCAGUACUCCCAGCCUUCAGGAUGGGACUCUGAGGAGACAAAAGAGGGGCAAGCCUGAUAAGGAUCAUCAGAGUGCACAUGAAGAAAACUCAAAGACCAAUAACGAAGAAGAACCAAAGACUCAUGAUGGUCUCCUUUCUUUUUUCAAAAAUAACUUCCGAAAGAAGGAUAAGGACCUCAGGAAGUCCAAGGAGGGUGAGUCAAAGAAAGGAGGAUAUGAGGAAGGAGGAAGAUCGACCUUAUCAAGUGCAUCAUUGUCUAAUGGAGCAGCAGGUGGCAGAACUGGGGCAGAUGGAGACAAAUCUAAUGGCUCAGGCCAAAAUGUAAAUGAGCUGGCAAACAGGAAGGUGAAACGUGUCAACGCUGACAUCAAACGCUCCCAGAGCUCCUCUAACAUACCCACAAAAGGGGAACAUGUCAUGCGUAGGACAGCAUCCUUACACCACAAUGGGACGUUUACAACACCAGCACCACCAAGGAGCUCAACUGCAGAAAAACAGCACAAUGGCAACCUGCAGAGGACUCGUUAUAGCACAUCCUCACUGGGCCACAAAAGGGCCGUCCCUGAGUCCAGCUUCUGAUUCGGACAUAUCGUACACCGACACAUAAAGCCUUGUGCCUAAUGGAGAGUGAAUUCCAUUCUUUUAGAUCAAAGCAAUAGAGCGUCUGUCAUUUUUAUGGGAACAAAAGGCACAUUUCUGUGAUUUGAGUAUUUUGCACUAUAGAGUUGAAAGAUGGACCACAGGCUCUUUUCAAUUAAUGUAAAUUAAAAUGAUUUAGCCUGUCAUAGAAAAUUAAAAAAAGGACAAAACUACAGAUAGGUAUCCAUCUCAGUUCUGUUACCUAAAUUAAGUGCCUGAGAAACACUAAAUGCAGUGUAGACCAGUGGGUUUUAUCUAUUUGAAUCUGUCUUAUUCAUGUUUGUGAGCGUUGGAGGUUAUUAGUCCUUUUUUAAACUCCAACGGUUGUAUCUUACAUCAAGACACACUGAUUGUGUUCACUUUUAAGAAUGUAUUAUGUCCACUGGAUUGAGUGCUUUGAUAUCAUGUUUGGGGGUUAACUAAAGUGCUGGUUAAUUUUUAAAUUUAGAUGAUUAUUUUUUAUCUAGAUCUAAUUUAUCUUUUUAAGGAGCCGGUUGGUACUAAUUGAGCGCUUUAACUUUCAGGAAUUUUAAAAGUGCAUUUAUCUACUGCGAAGUGUCAUAUCGACACCAUAUUGGUAUUUUUGCCAGUUUUGCACUGCAUAUACUGCAAACUUUUUUAGCAUUUCUUUCUUUCCAUUUUUGCCACUGUCAUCUUAGAUUGAAUAACAGGGUUUUCUGAAUGUAUUGAUUAUCAAUAGAUGCACUGAGUGGUGGGUGAUAUUAAAGUGGAAAACAGUAAUAACAUUUAUAUCCACAUCUAUUCUUUGGAAGGUAUAGCUGACAGAAUUCCUGUUCAACUCAUUUAUCUGAAUGUGCCCGCUGAAACGACUGUUAUGGAAAUGUAUUUUUGACUGUGAAAUUUGCUCACAAAAUGGCAAACAUUGGUGUCUCUUGAAAAGAAAAACAUGUCUUAUUGUUUUAAGAGACUUAUUUAAACAUAAGUUAUAUACUGAGAAAUUAUAGCUGGAUAACAUUCAUUUUCUAUUUUACAAGCUAUAAUCUCCCAUCAGAGGUUAAUACAAAAAGAUGUAAACAAACAAAACUGAAUGUGAAUACAUCAGACAGCAUUGUUACACCUUUGUGAACACUUUCGGCCACUCUUACCCUGAGGAGCAGAUCUGAUCCUAACUUACUUUAAGUUAAAUUUUCCUGUAUUUUAUGGGGAAGUAAACAAUGAUAGAUUACUAAGUUUUAACACAUUUUUAGUUAAUGCAUUUUCCUUCCAUCAACUACACGAAAUGAGUCCAACAGUACGUAUAAGUCUUAAAAUCAUUACUUCUAGUCUGUAAAGUGCAGCUUCAGGAAUGUAAAGUACAACAUAAAUCAUCACCUUUGAGAACACAUACUUUUCUUGCCACAAAAAAGAAGACAGCAUUGUCUUACUUCUUUCUUUUUUCAGUGCUCCAAGGCCACAGUGAACCAUUUCAAUACCACAAACUUGAGUUUUUCCACAAAUGAUUUAAUUUUCAGUUUAAACAUUUAAUGCAUUGUCUGCAUUUAAUUGUUAAAAGAGUAUUGGUUUAAGAGAUUCUAAAAUCCACAUUAUUUUUUCAUUCAUUUUCAGAGCACACAUAUGAUUUGGAAUUCGGGUAAUAUAUUUAAUUUGAAAAUAUAAAUAUUAUUGUUAAAGUCAAGUCACACAAAAGAAGUAUCCUCACUAUGCCCUGCAGUUUUGAGUCUAAAAAAAAACUAUUCCAUAUCGACUUCAAAAAGUAAUAUUUUAUGGAACAAUGUCUCUAAACUGGUGAGAUUUGAUUUCAAUUAUAUAAACAAUGGUCAUGGUUAGUGCAGGUAUACUGUAAGACACAUUUUCAGCACACUAAGUUUUAUGUAAAACCCUCAGUUGCACAUGUAUAUUAUAAUCAGCCUCUUUAAUAACAUAGUAACCAAAUAUUCUGAAGUACUUUAUUUUGAACUAUAUAUUAUUUUGCUAUUAUAUAGAUUUCAGUUUAACUUUUAGCGUGUAUGAACAUAUACUCCCAUAUGCGCAUGAAUAAUGAUCAAACAACACUCUCUAGCACUCACAUGUAAUUUCUUUGGGAAAAGUGCUGCUUUACUUUUUGUACAUGUUGGAAAAGUUGGUACUCUCCUUCAGAAUGCACUAUUUAUGGAUUUAUAUUCCUUGUGUGUCUUCCUAGGGUAAUUCAUACCUCUGAGUAAUCAAAUCUUAUGGAAGACCCACAAGGGAUAUGUCAUUUUCUUGUACAUUUUUAACCUAUAAUAUACUUUUUAGUGAUCCUUAGAUAUUUUAUAUUGAGAAGUGGGAUUGGUUUAUUUGUCAGUGUGAUACACAUUUUUCUGGAAUAUGUGUUAAUCUCUUUAUCCACUAAAUUGCCAAUAUUCCUUCAGCUUUCUAGCCCACCUCCUAAGCUAAUUUAACAAAUUCCCUCAAAAACACUGCUGAACCAGCAACAACUUUUAAAAAAAUGCUUUAUCUAGAGUUCUGCAGUUUUCUUAUUGAAACAUCAAGAGGUAUCAAUGUUGAUAUCUCUAAAGCUGCUAUUAGUCAAUCUUUAAAGAAGUUAUCAAUCUACGAUAUAAAGCAAAAGCACAAAUGUCAAAUGUCCAAAAAAGUCUACCCCCUAGAUCAGGGUGUUUCGCAGUAAUGUUCCAAUCAGAGAACAGGCAACUCUGGCAUUCUAAUUAACAUGAUUCGUGCAGGUAAUGAAUAUAUUUCAGAAUUAUUUACUUGAGCUGUUGAACAUUUAACCAUGUAGCUAGUCUUUAUCAUGUCGGACCACCUGAAAUCCAAGGGGCUUGAUAUUUUGUUUCCUACCAUCUCCUUGUAGGAAACUACCAUACCUCCAUAUCAUUACCACCAUAGAUACUUCCCCUGUUCUAGUGCAUUCAUUGAGAGAUGCCUGAUUACUUCUGAGACAACACUGAUGCAAAUUUUAAAUAGUCAUAAAUUCCUUAUGCCUCUGUAUUUCCACUCUGAAUCAGUCUACGUGGAGAUACUUCUGCACAGUGUCAACUCCGCCAAACUAGGCAUGUGCAUGAACACUUUUUUUAUGGUAUGGAGAUAGUUUUAUAUGCUAUUUUUGUACAAUUUCUAAUGCAAACCUCUGUAUUUACAUGGAAGUACACAAAAAGAACUAUAUGUCUGAGAACGAAUAUUUACAGCUGUUAAAGUGGUAUGGUGAAUUGAAUAGUUACGGUAAUUUCUUAUUGUAUAGUAGUAAACUUUUCAGAUUCAGUCUAAUGUUUUGCAUAAGAAUGUGUUAAGAAUGCUUAUACAGCAUUUUAUAAAAUUAUCUUCUGAACUUGA